AUGAUUAGAUGCGCCGUCGCAUUCCUACUGAUCUCGGGAAGGAGAUGGAACCGCCUGGAUCGCUUGGUUGUCACGACCGAUGAGGUGGACAAGCCAUCCUAUGGUGUUUAUGAAGUUAAAUCCCGCGAUCACUUCCCGCACCCGAAGUCCAUAGAUGAAUUUAUGUUAUCUAGGACAGAAAUCACAGAGAAAGGGACCUACUACAUGCCUUAUUGCUCAGAUCAUUUUGACUCGAGCGAGAUAGCUGGUAUAAUCACCAAAGGACUUACGGAUAUUACCCAUCGGGCCCACGUUAACCUUACCCAUGAUCCGAAGAUGGAAAGAAGUUGCCUCAAAUCCCUCGCUUCUAUAUCCAACCCAAAACUGGAGCAAAACGUGAUAGACAUAUCGAAGGGUAUUAUUGCCGUAGAUGGACCAUACAAAGCGUUUGUACCACGAAUUGCUGAUCAGACAAUUGUGGUUACCCAUGACCAACCUAUGGACAUGAAAUCACUGGUCCUAAACGGAGAGAUAUUCGCGAGAAGUAGCACGGGGCUUGAACAGAAUGCGCUGGCUUGGUAUCAGGGACAUCUGCAUCUAUUCAAGCAGAAUAUGGAAACAAAUCAGUGGUCUCCAGUGACGCUUGUAGGAUCGGAGGUGAGGAACGGAUCAUUGAUUACGGAGCACAUUUUGGGAGUACUUCCUGACUUAACUUGGCCUUGGAGAGCAAUAGAUCGUGCUCAGAAAGCGGAUAUUGGUAGACAAUCGUCCGAAUGGGAAGAAACACACAUAAAUAGUCACCAAUGCUCCUUGGAACAUUGUCAUAAACCUGAUCACAGUACAUUCUCUGCUGAGAUGCAGACAAAGUAUCCUGUCGGUAAAACACGAAGUAAUACAAAUUGGGUGCCGUCACGAAGUCAGCUGUCUGUCACGAAGUCUGUGAAUAAUGUCAAUUAA